UUCUCGAAAUGGCGAAGCAGAACAUCAGUACUAUUCCAAUCGAUGCUAUCAGUAAUAUGAGAAUCACCUCCGUGUGGACCUUCCUUCUUUCUAUUGAUUGGUCCGAAUCCUGGCUGGUUGCACUGCUGUUCUUCCACCUCUUCUGUUUUGCUGUCACUCUCCUCACAACCAGAUUUUAUAGAUUGCAGAUCUGUUACUUCACCAUUUUAGCUGGGAUGGUCUACAGUGCAGAGUAUCUAAAUGAGAUGGCAGCUAUGAACUGGAGGUCAUUCUCCAAGUAUCAGUAUUUUGACUCAAAAGGAAUGUUCAUCUCAUUAGUGUUUUCUGCUCCUCUUCUGUUAAACACAGUUGUGAUUGUGGGGUUGUGGGUUUACAGGACAUUUGCAACAAUGACAGAACUUAAAACUCUCCAGCUGAAAAGGAGGAAGGCAAUACGGGAAAAUAAGAAGAAAGCAGCAUAAUUUCUUUAAUUUUAGAGUUAUUUGUAAGAGUCACACUAGAUGUAAAAACCUGCAUCACUGCAAUAUUUGGUUGAAAUGCAAGCAGUAUUUCCUUUGGAUGAAAACUAAGUUCAGUGUACAAUGGAAUUUUUUUUAAAUACAACUUAAACACAAAAGAUGCAAUGUUUAAAUCUGCAAUUAUUUUGAGAAGUUGUAUGCAUUUUGCUGGUAAUGGUUAUAUUUUUACAAUCAGGAAGUAGAAAGUGAAUAUUGAGUAAGAAAUUGUGUGAAGUUGUUGGGUUUCCCAAAAUGUAAAUGUUGUUUACACCUAUUGUUGGAAAAUGUAUGUAUAGUUAUUAUAUAAGUGGACCAAAUCUAAAUGUACAUAUUGUGAAUGCAUCAAUUGUUUCAUCAUUGUGUGAAUAUUGAGAUGUAUACAGAAAUGAGAAUGUUCCAAACUUAAUUCUUUAAAAUUGUAAGAAUCUGUAUAGAGCUUGCAUAUAUUUGCUUAUUUUUUUGAGAACCAAUUUUGUAUAUUCUUUGUUCAGUUGACUUGGAUACUUCUGUGUCAACUACCUUUUCACUGUGCACUGGUCAAAUAAUAUGUACUAAGUGCUUACAGUCAAUGACAUCAAUGUUGUACCCAUGACUGUACCACAGAAAAAGCAGCAAAAUCUCUCAAAUUGGGAAAUGUAAUGACCACGUGAUGGUGCUGUUGGGUAAGGCUCUGUUACCCAAGUCCAGUUUGAUUACCUGUAUCAGCCUGUAACUGUGCCUCCUGGCAAAGCCCAUAUUGCUGAUCUGACUGUAGGCAUAUUGUGUACAUGUGUUCGUGCCUUGAGUGUCUACUAGAGUUCUCACUUUCACUUAGAUCAGCCUACAAGGUGGUCGAGAGCCCUGCUGCGUGGUACAAAUUUACUGGCAUCACUCACCCACCCAGCCACAAGUAGUCUCUGUUCUCCCAAGUAGAGGAUCCAAAUAAUGUAAGUGUUAUACACUUAAAUUCACCUAAUACUUCUCUUUUGAACAGAAUAUGAUGUAUGGCAAUUGCUCUUAAAUACUUCAGCAGUGUCCUUUUUUUUUUUGGAAAAUGUGCUUUUUUUUUUUUUUUUUUUUUUUUUUAAACCUUUUGUG